UAACUUCUCAGACAUCAUUCUCAUGUUUAUAUUGGUAAUUACAUGGUCAAUGGUGAUGAAUUUCACGAUUUUCUAAUUGUGAAUUUAGUAAAAUGAAGUUAAAUGAGUUAUAGUUUUCAUCUUAAUAAACUCCUUAGUUCCUACAAUUUGAGUAGAGAAGAAAAUGAAGUUGAUGAGGUUUGAUUUAUUGUUUUAGGCUGCAACGGGCACUAUGGAUUUCAUCAUUGAUACCAUUGCUGCAGUGCAUCAGUUGGCUCCAUUGCUAAGCCUGUUGAAGAUGAAUGGGAAACUUGUAACGGUGGGAUUGCCGGAUAAACCUCUCGACCUUCCUAUCUUCCCUCUAGUUGCCGGUCGAAAGAUGAUUGGUGGAAGUGACUUCGGCGGUAUGAAAGAGACGCAAGAAAUGUUGGACUUCUGUGGGAAGCAUGGCAUAACAGGUGACAUUGAACUGAUUCGCGCGGAAAAAGUUAACACUGCGAUGGAACGACUUGCCAAAUCCGACUUCAAGUACCGUUUUGUGAUUGACGUGGGAAACUCCCUCUCCAAUCUCUGAGAGCUGCAAACAAAUCCAAUCGUUUUUGAACUCUCAUUAAUAAGGGUAUUCAAGAAUUUGAACAAUGCUUGAGAGAUUGUUACAAUACCAAUGCUAUGACAUCCUUAAAA